AUGCUGGACGAAGACCUUGGGAACUGGGUCUUCGAAACAUGGUCCGAAGUCAAAGAUUGUAUUGAAGAGCUGGCCACCUUGGCAAACAAGAUGUAUGCCUUCUCUUCGACCACCAAAAACGUCCAUAGGGAGAUGAAGAAUUGGUACAUCGAGUUGAAGCAGAAAGCGGAGAAAGCGACCGCUAGAAGUAAGGAGUACCACCCCUACCUAGACAGAGCAAGCGAUAGGAUAGUAGACCUCUCUACCUCACUUCGAGAGAUGAGUGUCCUACAAGACCAGCAAACCACCUCCGACAAGGCAACGGCCACGGAGCCAGAGAACCACAAGACAGAUUGGAACAGAGGCUUCCCCACUACAAGACGCAAUCUAAGCAGCGAGAAGCCAUCCCCAAGGAACCGAACACCUGAGAAGUUACCGGCAAGGGAGACGAAGAGGAAAAAAUCUAAGAUGAAGAAUAUACCUCCCCACACACGACAGGGGAAAAAUCAGACGCAAUACUUAGUAAUCAUCAUUCGUUAUUCAGGUUCAGCAACAUACGCGGACAUGGCGAGGAAACUUAAGACAUCCAUUGACAUCGACAAGAUAAAUGUCAGUGUCAAAAGUAUGAGACGAUCCAGAAAGGGGGAACUGAUCCUCCAGUUGGCCAAAGGCCCCAUGCAGGUAGAAGCAACGGGCAGACUCAAAGAUGCAGUCACCGAGACACUGGGAACCGAAGCGGUGGUGGAACAUUCUCCCAUCACUACAUUAGUCGAAAUCAGAGACCGGGACUCAACUUCAACAGAGGAGGAAGUACUACAGGCAGUGACCAACACUACAGGCUCUGCCCUGGAUACGGCUAGAGUAAUUAGAAUGGUUCCUUCGUACGGAGGUAAUAUGAUGGCUAUAGCAAAGGUGAGAUCCAGAGACGCUGAAACACUCCUGAAAAUAGGCCGCCUGGUGGUAGGCCUAGUUAGAUGCAGAGUACGGCUAAAAGCGCAGCAAAGAAGGUGUUACAGAUGCCACGGCUUCGACCACCUCAGGGAAACAUGCAGAGGAAAAGACCGCACAGCGCAGUGUAAGACCUGCGGCCAGUUAGACCACAAAGCAAAGGACUGCAAGGAAAACCCGAGAUGUGUCCUAUGCCAAGAUAGCAGACAUGACUACGGCCAUUACCCGGGCAGCUCAUCGUGCUACGAGGCAAGAGCCAGUAAGACAUAG